AUGAGCAAACCAGGACUUUCUUUCGGCCUAAACUUCUCCAAGAAGCCCGGCGCAUCGAAGCCUGCCGCCGCGAAACGGAGAACAGCAUUUGGCGGCGGCGGCGACGACUCGGACGACGAUGCGACGAACGCGGGCAACAACGUCGAGACCCUCGACGAGCUAGGCGGCUUCGACGUUGACUCGUCGACUCCAUCGUCGAGACGAGAAAACGGCCGAAAGAACAAGAACAAGAAUGCGCCACCGACACAACCCCCCGCCGCAAGCAAAACGAAGAAGCAGGAAAGCGCCAUGUUUGGCGACCUGUCCAGCUCACUCGCCUCCCGCAAACACGCCGAGGCCGCCGAGGAGCUGGAUCCCAGCGUAUACGAUUACGACGGCGUGUACGAAUCAUUCAAACCGCAGAAGAAAACCACGCAAGAAGAUUUCGAGAGGAAACCAAAGUACAUGAGCAGUCUGCUUGCGGCGGCCUCGGUGCGGAAGCGUGACGCGCUGAUUGCCGAGGAGAAAAAGAUUGCACGGGAGCGUGAGACGGAAGGCGAGGCGUACGCUGACAAGGAGAAGUUCGUCACGGAGGCGUACAAGAAGCAGCAGGAGGAGAAUAGGCGGAUCGAGGAGGAGGAGAGGAGGAGAGAGGAGGAGGAGGCGAAGAAGAACAAGACCGGGGGCAUGAGUGCUUUCUACAAGAACAUGCUCAACAAGGGCGAGGAGAGACAUGCCGAGGUUCUCAAGGCGGCCGAGGAGAAAGCUAAGGCGGGACCCGCGGCGACUGAGAAGGACGAUACUCCCAAAGAAAAAUCCGAGGCCGACAUCGCGCGGGAGAUUAAUGAGAAGGGCGGCUCUGUUGCCAUCAACGAGGAGGGCCAGGUCGUGGACAAACGACAGCUUCUCAAGGGCGGCCUCAACGUCGGAGCAAAGAAGAAGGAACAGAUCAGGCAAGAGGCGGCGCGGCCCCGGGAGAGCAGACCUGAUCGCGGAUCCGGCACGGGCUUCGUUGGCUCCGGAGGCAAGGGCGCCAUGCGCGAGCGGCAGACACGGAUGCUGGAGGCGCAACUCGAGGCGGCGCUCAAGCGGUCCCGCGAGGAAGAGGAGGCCGAGAGGGAGAAGAUGGAGAAUGUCACGAAGACGAGGAAGACGGAAGGGGAUAUUUCGAGCGCGAGAGAGCGUUACCUUGCGAGAAAGCGCGAGGCGGAGGAGGCCAAGAAGAAGGCGCAGGCAGAGUAG